AUGUCACAGUCAAAACAACUACAUCUGACGGCCUUUAUGAGGCCCGUCUCCCUCCACAGUGGCGCAUGGCGCUAUCCAGGCAGUUUCCCAGACGCAAACUUCAAUCUCGCACACUUGAAAUACUUCAUCCAAACCCUCGAGGCCGCGAAAUUCGACGCAUUCUUCAUGGCGGACCACCUCGCAGUAUUGAACAUGCCGGUCGAAGCUCUCAAACGUUCCCACACGACGACUUCUUUUGAACCUUUUACGUUGUUGGGUGCGUUGGCCAUGUGUACGGAGAGGAUUGGGUUGGCGGCUACAGCGAGUACUACUUAUGAUGAACCGUUUCAUAUCGCGAGGAGGUUUGCGAGUUUGGAUCAUAUUAGUGGGGGKAGGGCGGCGUGGAAUAUUGUUACGACGGGGAAUCCGGAGAGUUCGAAGAAUUUUGGAGAGGCGGAACAUAUGCAGCAUGGAGAUCGGUAUAAGAGAGCUCGGGAGUUUUAUGAUGUGGUGACGGGAUUGUGGGAUAGUUUUGCUGAUGAUGCUUUCACAAGGGACGCUGAGAGCGGCAUCUAUCUCGAUCCAGAGAAGAUGCAUGUUCUGGACCAUAAAGGCGAAAGUCUCAGCGUACGAGGACCUCUCAACAUCGCAAGACCUAUCCAAGGAUGGCCAGUCAUCGUCCAGGCAGGACAAUCAGAGCCCGGAAGGCAGCUGGCAGCCGAAACCGCCGAAGCAGUAUUCUGCGCCCCAAGAGACAUCGCCGGAGCCAAGGAAUUGUACGCCGACAUCAAAACCAGAAUGAAAGUCGCAGGAAGAGAUACCUCCCAUCUCAAAAUCCUCCCAGCAGCCAUGGUAAUCAUCGGCGACUCCUUCGAAGACGCCCAAGCCAAAAGAUUAAAACUCGACAGCCUGGUGCAUUACGAUACAGCCAUAGCCUCACUCUCCGUCACCCUCGGCACCGAUGCUUCGCUUCUCGAUCCCGACGGACCACUUCCCGAAAACUUGCCCGUGACGAAUGCUUCGCACACUAGCAGACAAGGAGCCGAACAACUCGCCAAGGCCGAAGGACUUACAGUGAGACAACUCGCUCAACGGUAUGGCGGGUACUCGGGAUUGGCUUUUGUAGGCACACCGGAAUCCAUCGCGGAUGAAUUUGAAAAGUGGUUGGCUGAAGAGGCUUGUGAUGGAUUCACGUUUGUGUUUCCAUUUCUUCCGCAGGGAUUGGAGGAUGUGGCGCAUCGAUUGGUGCCUGUUCUUCAACGACGGGGGAUUUUCAGGAAGGAAUACGAGGGGACUACGUUGAGGGAGCAUCUUGGGCUGCCACGGCCUCGGAAUAGAUUCUUUCCUUGA